AUGACUUUGGCUGAGGAACACUGCAAACUCCUGGAAACGCUGCGAAAGCCCAUUUUUCAACGAGGUCCUCCUUGUCGGCAAAGGUUGAGGGGGUGCCUGGAGUGGGUGAAGCGGCAGCUUUUCCGCGUUGGGGAGGAUUGGUAUUUCCUCUUCAUCUUGGGGGUCCUCAUGGCCACCAUCAGCUUCAUGAUGGACCUCCUCGUCUUCAGGCUCUACGAGGCCCACCGGUGGCUUUACCAAGAGGUUGGUGAUAUCUUGGUGCUCAAGUACCUCUCGUGGACCAUGUACCCCACGGCGUUGGCAGCCUUCUCCACCGGCUUCUCCCAAAGCAUCACCCCGCACUCGGGAGGUUCCGGCAUCCCGGAACUGAAGACCAUCCUGACGGGGGUGGUGCUGGAGGACUACUUGGCCAUCCAAAAUUUCGGAGCCAAGGUGGUGGGGUUGACCUGCACCCUGAUGUGCGGCAGCACCGUUUUCCUCGGCAAAGUGGGUCCCUUCGUCCACCUCUCUGCUUUGGCCGCCGCGUAUUUGGGGAAGAUGCGGACCUCGGUCACUAGGGAGUAUGAGGUGGGGGAAACCAUCGCCGCUGUUUUUAAGAGCGACCUCAAGAUUGAUUUCCCCUUUGACCUCCUGGAGACCUUCUUUUUUGCGAUUUUAGGGGCCGUCUGUGGGCUCGUGGGCUGCGCCUACCUCUUCUGCCAGCGCUGGCUGCUGGCGGGCGGCAAGGAGAACANNNCCAGCGCCACCUCUCCCCCCUCCAGCAAGCCCGUCUACACGGUGCUGGUGGUGCUGCUCCUCGCGUCCAUCACCUUCCCACCCGGGCUGGGGCAGCUGAUGGCCUCCAGGCUCACCAUGAAGGAGUAUCUCACCUCCCUCUUUGACAACCGCACUUGGGGCCAGCUGGUCCUCAACGCCUCCUCGGUGGCCGACCUUCACGGCGGCGGCGUGGACCCUCGGGGGCUCUGGCAGGAGUGGUGCCACCCCUCUGCCACCAUCUUCGGCACCUUGGCCUUCUUCCUUGCCAUCUCCACGGCUUUACUGGUGUGCGAGGCCACUGGUCACCUGGGCCACGUCCUCCCCGUCGUCCUGGCCGUGCUGGUGGCCAAUGCCAUCACCCAGAAGCAUCAACCAUCCUUCUACGACGGCACCAUCAUCGUCAAGAAGCUGCCUUACCUGCCCCCCAUCCGUAGCCGACACAUGGCCUCCUACCAAGUGGUGGUGGAGGAGUUCAUGGAGCGCCGGGUGGUGGCCUUGGCCAAGGCUGAUGGCUUCGAGGAGGUGCUGGGGGCCCUGGAUGCCUCCGCUGAUGCUGAGUACCCCGUGGUGGAGAGCGCAGGAUCAGCCACGCUGGUGGGCACCAUCAGCAGAGCCCAACUGGUCACCUUCCUCCAGAGCCACAAGCAUCCCCAGGCACCCCCAGGAGAGAAGCUGGCCACCGCAGGGACACUUGGGGACAGCUGUGCCAUCGAGCCCAUCAUGCUCCAGCUCUCACCGUGGACCUCCCUGCACCAGGUUUGGGAAGGGGGGGGAUGA